AUGAGGACGGCGAAGUUUGUGUGGCUGCUGUUUGUGGCUCUGUGCCUGGUGAGCUUCGUCUGCGGACAGGAGCAGCAACAGGGUCAGCCGCAGGAGGAGCCGCAGGAGCAGGAGCGGCAGCAGGAGGAGCCGCAGCAAGAGCAGCAGCAGCAGCAGCAGGAAAAGGGUCAGCUGGAGCAGGAGAAGGAGGAGGAGGAGGAGCCGAGUACGUAUGUGGUCGACCUCACGCGCGCUACCAGCCAAGAAUUCGAGGAGUUCGUCAACAUGUUCGCGUACGCCAUUAUCGAGUUCUACGCGCCCUGGUACGAGAAAGCUGCAACUCAGCUGGCCAGGGAGAACAACCCACUGGUGUUCGCCAAGGUCGAUUGUACGAGGAACAAGGAGCUCUGCGAUUCCGUUCAAGUCCAGGGCUUCCCCACCGUCAAGCUCUUCUUCCACCAGCGCAUGCAUGAGUACAUGGGACCGCGGAGAGCUGCCGGCAUCGUUUCGUACAUGAAGAAGAUCAUGACUGGCCUGACAGUCAUCGUCGACACCGCCGAGAAUCUGGCCACCUACACCCAAAAGCCUCCAGUCAUGGUC